AUGUGUGCCAAAUCAGUAGCGAUUAUAGGUGGUGGUCCCAGUGGGAUAGCUGCAGCUAAGGCGCUUUCUGAAGAAAAUGCGUUUGAUAGAAUAGUUAUUUUUGAACAGCAGGAACAGCUUGGUGGAGUAUGGAACCACUCAAGUAAAAAGCCAGGUGCAGCUUUUGUGCCUUCUGACAGCCCAGCUCGUACUCGGGAAUGGAACAGGAACCAAUCUACCUAUUUUUCAGCCAUGUAUGAGAAAUUGGAAACUAAUAUUGUGAAGGAUCUGAUGCCUUAUAACAACUACCCAUUUCCUGAAGUUUCCGAUACGCUCCCCCCGAGGCAGGAUGUACUCGAGUAUCUCUUGAACUAUGCAAAAGGCUUGAACCCUUCUGUAAUUGUUCGUUUGAACACUGUCGUUACUCAUCUCGAAAAAGUUGGAACACAAUGGAGAAUUUCGUACAGGCAAUCAUCGCAGGCUGAAAGGGAAGAUACGUAUCAGUAUAUUGUCAUUGCGUCUGGUCAUUACAAUUUUCCGUAUAUUCCUACUGUGCCUGGGCUUGAAGAAUGGGUUAAGGUCGAUGCUGAUUCAAUUUCGCACUCCAUGUACUAUAUCAACAAUGAAAAGUUCAGAGGUAAGAAAGUUCUUGUGAUUGGCAAUGCAAUCAGUGGAGUGGAUAUAUCACUUCAGUUGACAGAGGUGACAUGGCCUGUCUACAGAUCAAAGAGGCAUGAGCCACUUUUGAAGCCAGUUGAGAUCGAAGACAUAAUUGAAGUAUCUGAGAUAGCUAAAUACGACGUUUCGACACGGUCUGCCACUACUAUUGAUGGCAAAAUCAUAGAUGGAAUAGAUCACAUAUUGUUUUGCACAGGCUAUCUAUAUGACUUUCCAUUCCUGAAAACAUACAUGAGCGGCGAAGAUGCAAUUAUAACCGACGGCAGAAUUACUCGACGAUUGUAUCGCCAGAUAUUUUAUAUUCCAGAUCCAACACUAUCGUUUUCUGGAGUCGUGAAGAAUGUAGUUCCCUUCCCACUAGCAGAAAGUCAAGCUGCAGUUAUUGCGAGGGUGUUUUCUGGCAGACUUUCUUUACCAAACGAAGCCGAAAUGAGAGAAAGCGAGAUAGCGGAUGUGAAGGCAAGGGGUUCUGAAUACAAAUUUCACGUCUACGAGGCGCCAGCCGACGUGGAGUACAUCAAUACUCUUCAGCAAUGGGUAAAUCAAGCGGAGCCAACGGAGCUGGGGUUUAAGGCGGAGGUUUGGACCGAAGAGAAAAAACAAAGACGCGUGGACUGCAUCAAUGUCAAGAACGCUCAUCACCUAAAAUACUACGCACAUAUCAAGAAACUUAGGGACGAAACUAGAAAAGAUUAA